AUGGGGGCGCGGGCGACGAAACCGCGACGAGGUUCGCUCGAGGGGCGCGCGCGCGAGCGGGGCGAGGCGUCCACGGCGACGGCGGCGCGCGCGGCGGCGAGCGACGGUUCGGAUUCAGACGAGGGGCCGCCGCCACCGCCGUGGGUGAAGCGGGACGACGCGACGGUGGAGACGGAGGUGAACGAUCCCGAGGCGUGGAUCAACGACGCGUUGGCGGGGUCGGCGAUGGGAGAGGCGUUGAUUCGGCGGUGCGGGGUGAUUGCGAAAAAGUGGGCCGACGCGAUGCCAAAGUCGACGUGGCUGAGGAUCACGAAGAGUGGACGUUUGGUGAAAGAAAUGCGAGAGAGCGCGCCGGUCAUCGUGCGGACGAUGGCGUACGUGGACGCGAUGGCGGUUCCGGAGAAUAGGGAUGAGAAGUGCACCAUCGUGGACCUGUGCAGCGGGUUCGGAUACCUCGCGAUGUUCCUGAGCGAGCUCCUUCCCAAGGAAAAGGUGGAGGAGAUCGUGAUGGUGGAUAAGAUGUGGGCCAUGUUCGGCACCGAGCCCAAGUCGCAUCACAUUAAUUGGGCGCACGUCUACGGCGAAGGCGAGUGGAGAUACGAGUGGCCGAUCGCGUUGAGCACGAGAAAAGUGGAUUUGAAGGACCGCGCGCAGGUGAAGCAAAUGGCCAAUCACUUGUUCUCUCGAUGGAACGGCCCGUUCAUCGUGUUAGGAAUCCAUCUGUGCGGAAUUUUGAGCAUCAAGGCGGUGGAGAUCUUCAACAGACACUCAAACGUGAAGCAGCUCAUUUUGAAACCGUGUUGUCUGCCCGACUUUUCGUGGACGUACAAGGAAGAGUAUUUUGAAGUCGGUUCGCACAAGCACCGAAUUCCCACGAAGGAGGUGUGCAGUCGCGGAAAGUGGAAGAAAAAUAAGUGGAUUGGCCCGCCGAGGCACACGCUCAAAGUUAAGUUCGAGGCGUGGAACGACCACUUGUGCAGGUCCAUCGACGAGGAGGAAGGGAAUGUGCGUUCCGAAGUGCAAGAAAUCAAGGUUCAAGAGAAACACUUCCAGAAUCUCUUCAUCUUUAGCGAACGGGAGGUGACGCGGAAAUGCAUCGCUGAAGAAGCGACCGGGACAAGGUUCCCAACCCCGAGUGGCACAGAGGCUGGGAGGUGGUGCCCCACGGGCACCGGGUACGGGACGCACGUGAAGAACUCUCGACAAUAA